AUUGAUAAUGACAUAGACGAUACCCCGACCGACCCAUAUUAUAGGUUUGCCAUACACCAAAUGAAUCGGCUAACCGAUGCAGAUGAUAUUCUCUUUAUUGCAGAUAGGUCGUUUCAGAUCUACCAUAGAUAUUAUAAGAGAGAUUUGCUUGCAUUUUUUUUUAUUUUUAAGAAACACUGUACAAGAGAGUGAAUUUCAAAGGAAGAUUAUAUAAUAACUAUUAGGCAUUGCGCCGUGCAACGAGAAGAACCGUCUUCAUGGAUGGGAUCGAUCCUUUUUUUUCAAACGCUCUUUUUUCAGUGCUAGUCCAUUGUAAUUUAUUUGAUUAUCAUUAUUAGUCAUAUAGUGUUCAUUCUGCUGGUGCUUGGAUCCAUACUUACUAAUAUGUUACGCGAAUUCAAGGACUCAUACAUGUAAAUAUUCGACAAGACAUUGAAAACGAUUGUAAUUUGCUGGUCAAACGCGAUGACAGUUGAAAGCAUUUUCAUGAAACGAAUGAAACAGUUGAAAGCAUUUUCGAUCCAUGAUUCUGCCAUUUCAAUCUGAAAUGAGUGACAUGUCGACUACGAGAUCACCGGAAGUUAACGAUUACGCCUUUAACAACUCACCUCUACACCAAGCUCUCGUGAUGAUAUUCUUUACUCCUCUAAUACUAAUUAUCAUCUUCGGCAAUGCCUUGGUAAUCGUAGCUACCUACAAGGAACCCAGACUCCGAACCCAACGGUACAUCAUCCUUGCUAGUCUAGCUCUUUCAGAUCUAUGCAUUGGUCUGAUCGCUACGCCACUGGAACUUUAUUCUCGGGUGGUUCAGGAUGACAUCACUUGCUCUGUUGCUAAAUCGGGAUACUUUACAGCCUGGCUGUACGUUCUAGUCUAUGUUUCGAUCGUGCAUAUUGUUCUUAUUACUGUUGAUCGUCUAAUCGCAUUGAAGAGGCCUCUCCGCUACAUAGCAUUGGUGACGACGAAAAGGGUGUGUAUCGUAAUUGCUGUAGUCUGGAUUGGAGGAAUCAGCUACGGGAUAGUUUCAGUGAUUGAGUUAGGAUACAGUAAAGAUGAUACCUUGACGCAGUUCUGCACUGGUGUCAGAUACACAUCUUUGUCCGCGCGAUGUUUUCUUUUGGGAAGUGCUAGUGCCAUACUGUUUCUGGGUAUCAUUUUGAUUUCGUUGAAUAUGUGGAUUCACCGCAUUGCCGUCAACCAUUCGCGGCGGAUUCAUGAAAAUUUAUUGGCGCCGCCCCCACAUCCACGAAUAGCAUGGCAAGGAAUAGGUCUGCAACAGCUCAAAGCCACAAAGACCACCUUAUUGGUUGUUGGUAUGUUUUGCAUGGGAUGGUUCCCUACUAGCAUCUGGUUUUAUCUCAGGGUCUACGCUUCAAUUAGUCAUGUAGGACAAAUUAUCCUCUUUGAGCUUAGUUUUUUUAUUGCUAAUUUCAGUUCUGCCGUGAACCCAUUUAUAUACUGCUUCAAAGACAGUCUCUAUCGACGUACGUUUUGUAAAAUCUUUCCUCCUCUCGGAAACGUCUUGAAAAGGUCUAGAUGGGAUUUCGAGAGGAAUUCGUUUAUAGAACUUAAAGAUGGGGCUGAAAUGAACCAUGUUGUGGUCCCCAAACCUGACGGACCUCACUCACGGUCAAUUUUAUUGAAAUAA